CGGCCGUCGCGAUCCAUAUAUACAUGUAUUAAGCCCAAACGAAACGAUCCAUAUAUAUACAUGUAUUAAGCCCAACAAGGCAAAGGUCAUUCUUAUAUAUAUCAAAAUAUUCUAUAUAUUAAGCCGCACAGUUCGGCACGCCCCGCUGCUGCCCCUUCUUCCCGCCACUCCCCCAAAACUCCCCGUUCUCGGCGUACCACUGGAUCGUCGCCUGGAUGCCCUCCUCGAACCCGAUCUUCGGCGUCCACCCCAAUUUCUCCAGCUUCCCGCUAUCCACGGCAUACCGCGCAUCAUUAUACGGGCGAUCCUUGACCUCCUUCACCCACUCCUCCAGAUUCCGCCCCGCCCCCACCACCUUCUCCAACAACACUCGGCACAACUCCCGCACACUGACCUCCGUCGUCGUCCCAAUAUUAUACACCUCCCCGACCGUCCCGCCGUGAAUCAGGACGUCCAGAGCGCCGCACUUAUCCAGGACGUGGAGGAACCGCCGGGUGACAGUCCCCCGGCCCUGCACCGGCAUCGGGCGCCCUCGCAGGAGGUGGGUGAUGAAGCGGGGGAUGACCUGCGCCGGGUACUGUCCCGGGCCGUAGAUGUUGUUGGCGCGGGUGAUGAGGUACGGGAGGUGGAAAGCCUUCCCGUACGCCGUCACCAGGACCUCCGCGGCGGCCUUGGAGGCCGCGUAGGGGUUGCUGGGGGCGAAGACCGUCGGGGUUUCCACCGCGCACCCGUCGACGACCUCCCCGUACACCUCGUCCGUCGAGAUAAACACGAAUAACUGGAGGUUGCAGUACUUCCGGACGGCCUCCAGCAGGACAUGGGUCCCCAGGACGUUGACGUUGGAGCAGUUCAGCGGGCACACGAACGACUGGUCGACGUUACACGCCGCGGCGAAAUGCACGAUAUGCGUGAACUGGAACGAUUUGCAGAUUUUUUCUAAUAGCCGCUCAUCCAGAAUAUUCCCGUGGACGAAAUGGUAGUUCGGGCGGUCGGACACCAGGAUAUUCCUGGGAUUCGCGUUGAACUCUAAGGAAUCGAGGUUGAUGACGACGUCCUGUGGGUGCUUAUGCAUCCAGUAAUUGAUGAAAUUCGACCCGAUAAACCCGGCACCUCCGGUCACCAGGAUGACCUUUGGAGGUGUCCCCUUGGGAGUGACACCCAGCAUCCGCCGCUGCAUCCGCUGCACCAGAAUCUCCCGGACGCGUUCGCCGAUCGGCGGGAAGCGGAUAGGACAGGCGUACUUCUUUCGGAGGUGCUCCGGGAGCUCCAGGAGCCAGGUCUCCGCUUUCCCGGUGUCCAGGCAGUUGUUCGACCGUGGCGCCAGCACGAACUGUCCCUGUUCCUGGACGCUGAUGACUUGGUACUCGUGUUUCGUCCCGGUGAUCUUCUCAAACAACUUGACAAUCCCCUCGUGAUCGAUCAACCCCGGAUUCACCGCGUUAACGACCCCGGUCUUCCCCUGCUCCAACACCGCCAACAAAAACGGGAGGAUAUCCGCCAGCACCGUCAUGGAGUUGGGGACGGACACGAUCUUCCGGUACCCGAGGAUCUUCGUGAUCAGGUCCCGGUGGCCUUCGACCUCGGAGAUCGGCAUGCGGAUGCGGGCGAUCAGGACAUUGGGGAACAUCCCGAGGAGGCCCUCCGUCGUCCCCUUCACCGCGGAGUACGCGGAGCCACUGAAGUUAGGCGUAUCCUCCUCCAGGAACCCCUUCCCGCCCACCGGGUGCGUCUCGUCAUAGGCGAAGACACACCCCGACCCGAUGUACAGGAGGGGAACCCCGGCCUCGGAGGUGGCGCGGGCGAUGUACACCGGCGCGGCCAGGUUGCAGGCCAGGUUCUCCGGGAGACGCUCCGGGGGUUGGAGGUAGUCGAUGGUGGGUUGGGAGACGCCGUGGGUGCGGCCGAGGGCGCAGAUGACGAAGGCGGGACUGUGGUCCUGGAGGUCCCGCUGGACGUCGGGGAGGGCGUGGACGCGGCGGCCGGGGGUGACGGUGUUGCCGGCCGCCUCCAGGAUGCGCUGGAGUUCCUGCCCGAUCCAGCCGCGGUGACCGUAUAACAGAUACUUCAUCGUAUUAGCAGUAUAGAAAACUUAUUUAAAAUUCAAUUAACGAAGACAUUAAUGAGCCUGCACAAAAUGGCAAGUGAUACCGGCAAAAUAGGUUAAACGACUGGAAGAAAUGGAGCGGAACAGAAUGGACAGUGGUGGGUAUUAAUUAACUUACCGGCUGGUUAAUUACACCGUCUAACACGGAACCGGAAAUGUGUAUAUCACGGUACCGGUUCCGCUCUGCUUCGUACCGCUGUUUGCUUCACCUCGUUAAUUUUGUCGUUAUUAUACGUACAUUGACUUGUUAUUCGUUAGCCACCGGAAACAGCUUUUCUUUGCCUAAUAAUAUUAUUUCUGAUAAUUUAAAAAAUUAAUGUAUAGUGUUUAUUAAAAUGGUUACUUAUGAAUAAGAAAUAAUUUAUAUUACUGCUGUUAAUUAAUCGGCAGAGGCAUACACUUUUAUGAUUCUUAAUGGCGGCGUCGGUACCGCUGACGACACUGAACAACGGGCACACGAUGCCGGUUAUCGGUCUCGGCACAUCCUUCGCGACGCGGCACAGCAUUCGCGAUACGAUGCUGACCGCCCUGGAGCUGGGCUACCGGCACUUCGACACGGCGCUGCUGUACCAGAACGAGACGGAGAUCGGGCGCGUCCUGGCCGAGGCGCUGCAGCGGGGGCAGGUCACCCGGGAGGAACUGUUCAUCACCACCAAGUUAUGGUGCACAUAUAACCAUCCCCAGCGGGUGACGGACGGGCUGCGGCGUUCGCUGGACAACCUGGGCUUGGAUUACAUCGACCUGUUCCUCAUACACAUGCCGGCGUGUUUUCAGUACGUUGACGAGUGGACGUGGACGCCGCGCGAUGCCACCGGAACGAUCCGCUACGACACGGCGGAUCACGCCGCCACCUGGAAGGAACUGGAGAAAGCGGUUAACGCCGGGUUGGUCCGGUCUAUCGGGCUGUCGGCUGUAAAUUGCCGGCAGGUGCAGUACAUCCUCGACCACUGCACCAUUACACCGGCCAAUGUGCAGGUGGAGAACCACGCCUACCUAAUGCAGGGCGACCUCUUCCGACUCUGUUCGCGCCACGCCAUCCAUCUAACCGCCUUCUCACCGCUGGGCUCGCCCGACCGCUGUCGCGCUGACCUUCCGCGGCUCCUCGACGAUCCCGUCGUCAUUCGUAUCGCUCACCGGCACGCCAAAACCCCCGGUCAGGUGCUGCUGCGUUUCCUGCUGCAGCGCGGCCGCCUGGUCAUCCCGCGCAGCACCUCCCGUCAGCACCUCCACGACAACCUGGACGUCUUCGAUUUCGCCCUCGCCCCGGCGGAGAUGCAGGCGCUGGCGGGAUUGGACCGCAAAGGUCACGUGCGCUACUAUCCCUUUGAUCAGAUUAACGAUUCCCUGGAUGCGCCGUACGCACCGUUGACCGGAAUUAGCAACGUCAGCGUCACGCCGGACCGUCCCUCCCCAUGCCAAACGGAUUAUGACGGCACCGCUCUAUGAUUUUCCCUUGCAGCGCCAUUGUCGACCGGCAUCUAUGCCUUUUUCUUUGAUAAUCAUAUCUUCUCUGUUAAUUUCUUCUCCUUUUGCAGUUUGCUC